AUGAAGAAGUUCUUCCAGUGUGAAAUGGGCACCCACAUCAACCGUCAGAUGAUCAUCCACCUUACUGUUAUCUGGCUGGGCAACAUGUAUGAGAUCUUGGGUGAGGAUGACAAGGACAUGUUGUCCUCACAGGCAGGUCAUUCCAAGGACAUACGUGACACCUGUUACGCAAUUGUGCAUGGUAUGCUUGCUUCUGUCACGUCGGACUGCAUGUUCCGAUUUGGUUACAUGUCUGAGUGGUUCUGGUGUAUGGCCAGUCUUCAUCCCACUAAGUCCACUCUCUCCCUUCCAUUGCACACUCACCGCCAACUGCGUGAUGAGUCAAUGGAAAGCCCUUCCUCCCCCUCAUCUUCAUCAUCCGGCUUUGACUAUGUGAAGCUGGUGGACACUAUUGGCGCACUCUUCGACGCGAAGAUUGCAAGGAUGGAGGAGCACAUCCUUGGCGAAAUUCAAUGA